UGUGACAUAUAAAAGCUGUAGCAGCUCCUGGGACCAGUCGCGUCAAAACUAGCAAGAGUUUUUGCUCUUAGACGGUUUGUAAUAAGACACACUCCUCCUUACAAGGUUUUAUGCCACAACAUAGCAAAGAACUUUUUUUUUUUAAUUGGAAGAACAGUAUAUUCAUUUUGGCAUUGUUCAGAGCAGAGUAAACGCUGUGGCUUCUCCCCUCCUCCAUCCCAAGAUGAUAGCAAUCUCUGCUGUUAGUGGUGUGCUCUUGUUCUCCCUUCUCUGUGAAACAAGUGCAAUCAUCUUACUCAAUGCCACUGACUCAUCCUUGCCAACCAAUAACUUCACUGAUAUUGAAGCUGCUCUAAAAGCACAUCUGGACUCAGCAGAUCUCCCCAAAGCCAGGAGGAAGCGCUACAUCUCGCAGAAUGACAUGAUUGCCAUUCUCGAUUAUCACAACCAAGUUCGGGGCAAGGUGUUUCCACCUGCUGCCAAUAUGGAAUACAUGGUUUGGGAUGAAAAUCUUGCAAAAUCAGCUGAGGCUUGGGCCGCCACAUGCAUUUGGGACCAUGGACCUUCUUAUUUACUGAGAUUUUUGGGCCAAAAUCUGUCUGUCCGAACCGGAAGAUAUCGUUCCAUUCUCCAAUUGGUUAAACCAUGGUAUGAUGAAGUGAAAGACUAUGCUUUUCCAUAUCCUCAAGACUGCAACCCCAGAUGUCCUAUGAGAUGUUAUGGGCCGAUGUGUACACAUUACACACAGAUGGUCUGGGCUACUUCCAAUCGUAUUGGCUGUGCAAUCCAUACUUGCCAGAAUAUGAAUGUUUGGGGUGCUGUGUGGCGGCGAGCAAUUUACUUGGUAUGCAACUAUGCCCCCAAAUAAGGAAACUGAGAUAGAUGGAAGUUAAAAAGACUUGUUUAAGGUCACACACCUAUGAAGUAGAUGAUUCCAAAUUUGAACUCAAGUCUUUCCAUCUCCAAACUCCAUGUGCCAUAUACUGUGCCACCUAGCUGCUUCACUGUUGUUGUUAUUGUGUUCACAAUACUUCUUUUACAUUCUCUUUCAGACUUUUGGUGAAUAGGCCUACUAUUUGAAGUUUUCCUUUUGAACAGUUCACAGCCACUUUAAUACUCUGUCAGAAAGAGAAGCUUGUUUUAUCCAAGUUUAGAAAGAAUAUAUUCCAGUAAUCUAAGCUUUUAAGGGGAAGUAGUUAAGGGAAAAAUUCCAAAAUACAUUUUAUUAAUUUGUUAAUGGAAAUUGACUCAUGUUAUGUCUUCAUUCUAUACAAAGACAAAAAUAUCAAACAUAUAUAUAACAUUAAAAAUUAAUUACUUUUUUCAUCUUUUGCCAAGUACAUCAUGAUUUUCAAUCUUCUAUUAAACAAAGAAAGUAUGCCCAUUAACCAUAUAAGGUACAGAAUCUGAUCAAUUCCCAUGGGAAUAAGAAAAUAGAAUAAUAAGUACCUUAACUAGCCUACAAUAAAAUUAAGAUGGCUUUGAUUUUUGUCUAAAUAUCAUAUACUUCUUUCAAGAGGCUUGUUUUAUGUCCAGAUAUGAUUGGGAUUUGGGCACAAAAAGACUGACAGUGGGAAAUAAUAGAGAGAAGCCAAGGAAUGUCUAAUAUAGCAAGUCAAUAAUUAAGGGGAAAACACAUUGUUAACUCUUGCUCCACUAAUAAUAUAUGAUGUCCUUCGGAAUAAAUUUAUAAGAGUGAUGUAAUACAUGGUGAUUAAAAACUACAUGUUACUAUCUGUAGUGUCUAUUUUAAAUGAAUUCAUGGUUUACAAGGUCAAAAUGACAUAUAUUGGAAUAUUUAGUUCAUAGUGUUUGCCAAUGGGAUAAAAGUGAUCCAGCAUAGACUAAAAAAUAAAGAAGGAUUCACUGCAGCUAGUGAAGUCUUCCCAGUGCUCCUGUUUGCAGAUGGUAUUAUCUUGGUUGAAUUCCAAUGAUGUAAGUCCUAAAACAUUGCUGAAAAUAAUCUGUAACUUGGAAGGUAUUUGUAACCAAUAAAAAGAAAUUGGUUUAUCAUCCAUACAAUAA